CCACCCGCCGUUCCCGGCCACCCGUCGACGCCGGCCUCUAACUCGGAGAGUCGGAGCCCGGCGGCCGGAGGGCGACGUUCCUAACAAAUAAUAAUUUAUUAUUAUUACACAGCUAACUAAUAAGCCAUGGGUAAGCGCAGCGUCCCUCGGUACCCUGAGGACGAGGACAAAGGCGGUUGCUGUGGCUGCCUCUGCUGGUGCUGCUGUUUCCUGUUGCUCAUCGUGGCGGUGCUGGCCGGCACAGCCGCCUACUUCUUCUUCGUCUACAAACCCAAGGCGCCGUCCUACUCCGUGAGCAACAUGUCUGUCUCCCAGUUCGACUUUAAAUCCUCCGACUUGACGCUCUACGUCAAGCUCACGGCCUCCGUGCGCGCCGAGAAUCCCAACGAGAUGAUCACCAUCAAGUACGGCGAAGGCUCCCACACCGUGGUCUCCUACCGCGGCACGCCGCUGUGCUCCGGGAAGCUCCCGGCCUUCUUCCAGGGCUACAAGAACGUCACCGUCAUGGACAUCUCCAUGGAGGGCCGCCACGGCUUCGGCUCCGGGCUGCAGCAGGCGCUGGAGGAGAGCGAGAAGGCCGGGGACAUCCCACUCGACAUCUUCGUCAGCGUCCCCGUGGAGCUGCAGCUCGGCUCCCUCGACCUCCGCCAGGUUAAAGUCAACGUGCACUGCGCGCUCGUCCUCGACAGCAUCUCACCCAAGAAGAAGCCCAACAUCAAGUCCGCAACCUACCAGGCCAACGUAGAGUUUUGAUUGAUUCUUCACAAUCAUAUAUAUUUAUUAUUUAUUGGAUCAGAGUUGAUCAAUCCAGGGAACAUAUGCAUGCCAAUUACGUAUGCAUAUUAUUUGUCUGCACUGAUUGCUCGGUCGCUAAUAUAUUUAGUGGUGCUGGGGAGGAUCAAAGAGCAUAUGCAUUACAUAUAUAGUAUACAUGUUUUAAUUUUUGUAACAUUGUAGUCAAAAGAAUUGUUGUAAACUAUAUUUUUCUGCGCAUGUACACUAGUACGAAAAAGA